AUGUCUUUAGCUUUGGUGAUGAAGAGUCCACCGGAGACCAUGGUUGAAGAGAGAGAAGAGUACAUGAUUUCACCUACGGGAGAAAACCCAUUUCGUAAAAAAGCCUACUUUCUAAAACCCACCUGGUCAUCUUCCAUUGAUGAACCUUCCUUUGAGCUCCCUCGUUGCUUUUCCUCCUCCCUCCCAACCCAUUUUAAAAGUAAGGCAUGGCAUUUGAAGGUUGAGUACUAUGGAUGGCGAUCCAGCACCAGCCAAAAAAAAUGGAAAACUUGGGUUGAUCAAAUGGCUUCAGUGCAUCAUGAAAAAUGGAAGGAGGCUGGUAUAUAUGAAGCCAUCAUUAGUUCAACAUACGAAAUAAGAAAAGUAGCCAACUUGGUUAUUGGGUUUACUGAGAAGUGGUGUUCUGAGACCAAUACUUUCAUUUUUCCAUGGGGUGAAGCAACCAUCACAUUGGAGGAUGUUAUGGUUUUGGGAGGUUUCUCGGCUUUGGGGGCCUCUGUUUUAAGCCCUCUUCAGAGCAAACAAAUGAAAGAAGUCGAAGAGAAACUCAUUGAAGGGCAAAAAGAAAUUUACAGCAGUGGGAAGAGAACGGUUACCGAAAGCUUGUGGCUGAAGAAGUUCAUGAACAGUGGGAAUGAAUUCGAGCACGAAGCAUUUCUUGCCUUUUGGUUGUCGAGGUAUGUUCUUGUUGGUUCUCGUAAUUCAAUACAGAAUUCUGUUUUUUCUGUUGCAAUCCAUUUAGCUAGGGGGACCCGAAUCGCGCUUGCACCGGCUGUUCUUGCUAGCAUUUAUAAAGACUUGAGCUUGUUGAAAAAGGCAAUUGUAGGCUCAAAGGAAUUAGAUUUCACCCUCAAGCUGAAGUCACCAUUUCAUUUAGUUCAGGUUUGGGCAUGGGAAAGAUUCUCAGAACUUAGGCCAGAAAACCCAAAUCCUAUAAAGUCUUCUGAGCCAAGAAUGGCUAGAUGGGAUAAAGUGAAUGGUGUGAGAGUUGAAAACUUAAGAAGGGUUUUAGACUCAGCCAGAGAAAAUUUCCUGUGGCGCCCUUAUGCCUUGGUCAUUGAUAACUGGCAUUUCCCUAAAUACUAUCCACAAGAGGAAAAGUAUUACCUUCCGCAACGGGUCGCUAUGCAAUUUGGAUAUGAUCAAGACCCUCCAUGUACUGUUACUCGAGCUAACCACAAUUCGAUUUCAGCCUGGGACUACAACAAGAAAAUCAAGAAUGUAAAAUUGUAUCUUCCAUCUAGACUUGUGGAGGCUGAUGUUACCACAAAGUACUUGAAGUGGUGGAAGCAAUCAGUGUCAGGUCUUGAAAAUGCAAGGGAUGCUGCUGUGCCAGGAAAAAAGGGAACAAAGAGUUUGAAAUGUUUGCUACCGAGGGCUAACCACCCCUCUGUACCUCCUGGUUUUCCUCCCAAACGUAAAAGAAUGGAAGCUGAAGAUCCUAUUGAUGAGGAUGAACUAACUGUAUCACAGCUUUUGAAAUUUCGCAAGAAGCAUGAGAACUUUGGGAUUAUACAAGGCAGUGACAGUGAGAAAUUAUCAAGUCAAGCUCAACAAUUUGCAUCUCCAAUUGCGCAAAAAAGCUAUGUUAAUACCAUGAAGUCAGAUGAGAACAUUGUAAACCUUGUCAGCGAUGAAUGUGCUAGCAGUAGUUCUUUAUUUCAGAAACGUCAGCUGGAGCUUGGAGCUAGAUUUGAAAGGCUCCGAACUAAGAUUGACGAGUUAAAGGCACGUAGAUUGGGGAACAAGGUUUAG